AUGACAUCUAAACGUAAACAAAUGCCUGAUCAUAAGGACCAAAUGGCAGCAGAAAUAGCGGCUAACAAUAAAACCUUCCACCAAAACUCACUCGAGACAUCUCUAUCGAAUAUGUCCACAAGCAUCAAACCGCCAAAUAUUUGGACAAAGGAGGAUGAUUUAAGCGCGAUAAAACUAGCGGGUAGUCAUACCUUUGGGCCCUCUGACCCAAACGCACGAUUUUGGGAAGUGCUUGCGAUCUCACGUCGAAACCGUUCUAUUAGGAAACCAAGAAGGGCAAUUGAAGGAAACAAAUAUGCAAACACACAAAGUGUUGAGCUACAGGAAAUUCUUGCUGGAAAUGAAGGAAACAAUGCCAAAUUCGGUGAUAGUCUACUCAUGGCGUGCAAAUCUGGCAAAACCAGAAUUCGAAGCGAGGAAACGGAUGUGCCGGAAUUUGAAUCUCCAAAGGCCUCUUUUCGCCAUAAAAUGGCUACGAUUGUCGGGAUAUUUGAGUUGUUCGCGGCUAGGUGUACAAAGCUUCGUGAAACUCUUAGUGCAAGGAAUCUAAGCAAGAGAUCUUCUCAAGUUGCAUAG